CAUUUAUUACAUUGAAAAAUUUAUUGCAUUAGUUUUGUUGAAAUGCAAAUGUACUUCGCACAUGCGACACGUUACUAAUUACAAAUGUAAUAUUAGCUUCAAUCUCUUAUGUUUAUCGGUUGAUAUCUUUUCCUUUCUUCCAUAUGCUAUUCUUCCAUAUUCUAAAUUUUCUUCAGCGUACGCAACAUUGCUUCGAUUAUAUCGCAGUAUGUUCCAGUACAAUAAAUACGAUUUCGUUAUUUCUUACAAAAGUGUCUUCUUAAUCAUUGAAUUUCGCAUAAAAUACUUACCGCCUUUUUUAUAGUAACAUUAUUGUCCACAUUGUAUACCUCCACAGAAAGAAAUACUUAACAACUAAUUUUCCGAACUGAAGAUGCUUUAUAAUAAAACUAACGCAUCACUGUCUAUCACGAGUCCUUUCAGUUACGUGGCUGCAUUCUGAGUGUCUACUGAAACUAACGCUGUAACUACAGAUUCAUUAAUAAUGCAGCGUCCACAUGGCUACCGAUCCAUCCAGCCCCCCUUUGAUAGACGCCCUUUAUUCUAGUAAACUUUUUAAUAAAGUAAAAAGCGUCGCCUAACUAUAGCCUCUCCAUCAUUAUCGCUAAAUUUUUUUCAUGUAUCUAUAGCUUGUUUCGUAUGGAAAUUUAAGAAGUUUAACAUAUGCAUAAACGUAACUUUUCAUUAUACUUCAACUCAUGUUUAUAGGAUGUGAACGAUAAUAUGUGUACUAAAAAAAAAGAGAAAAACACGAAAGCAGGAGAUAUUUCUGCCCAUAGGCAAUAGACACUUUGUGUGUGUUCUCACGAUAAUAAUUUACUGACUCAUAUCAUUUGACAGCGAAGCGCCUCAACACAACACCAUACUCGUGUGUGUGUCAUGCUCCUUCUAAUACUUAUGACAUUGUUACAAACAUUGGCUAAGCGACAGUUUUUUACAAAGCAUGCACGAUAACACGUUGCGAACGUGGGGAUGAGUUUUCUCUCUGCGGCAGUGUGCUUUAGACUUUAGACAUGAAACAUUCAAGCGGAAAUGAAGAUCUCGAAUGGACCAUCAACUUAAAUCGGUUCAUGUUAAGAAUCGCUGGUUUAUGGCCGCCAGACCACCAUGACGCUAGUGAGGCAGUUAAAUCGAAAAUACAACUACUGUAUAACUUUAUCACAAUAUUGAUCGUACUGGCAAUACCGUCUUUACUAUCACUGAUACGAGUAUGGGGUGACACGAUUUUAAUGAUAGAAAAUAUGCAAUACAGUAUACCAUAUCUGAGCACGAUAUUCAAAAUCUGCAUUAUUUGGUACAGACAAGCAGAUUUACUACCUCUGAUUCACAUGAUCGAGAAAGACUGGGCGAAGCCGAAGAUGAAAGAGGAACGAAAUAUCAUGCUAAAGUAUGCAAGGACUAUACGUUUGAUCGCCAUGUGUGGCUUAUCUUCGACAUUAUUGGCAUUAAUAUCUACUUGCGGUUAUUCAUGCUUUGAGAUAAUAUUCAGGCACGUGGCGAACCUGACUAAUCCCACAAAAUUGCCCUUACCGGUACACUAUUUGCACGAUGUAUCUAAGAGCCCGCAGUACGAAUUGACGUUAUUAGCACAAAUAACCACGUUGUUCAUAUGUGGUUUUUCUUAUACUGCGGUCGACCAACUUUUCGGACUAUUGGUUUUGCACGUAUGCGGCCAGCUAGAGAGCCUAAAUUUGAGAUUAACACGUAUGGAACAGUAUACGAACUUCGACGCAACUUUAAAGUACAACGUCCAAGAUCACGUCCGCCUAAUAAAAUCUAUCGAAAUUAUUGAUGAUGCAUUUGAUUUAAUGUUGCUUGUUCUCAUAUUCUACUUUGCCAUAAUAUUCUGCCUUGAAGGAUUUCUUAUAGUUAACAUUAUUAAUCGAAAAGAUCAAUUGCCGUUGAAACAAUUUAUUUGGUUCAUCACUGGGAUCGUAUAUAUUUUAAUACACACGUGCCUUUAUUGCGCUAUCGGCGAAAUUAUCGUGACACAAUCUGAGAAAAUAUCCCAGGCCACGUACGAACAUCCGUGGUAUAAUUUAAAACCGAGAGCAGCAAAAAACUUGAUGCUAAUCAUGCAUCGCGCAAGUAAACCACUUCAAAUCACAGCCGGGAAGAUAUUUCCUAUGACGAUGAUAAUGUUUAGCAACCUAUUGAAAACUUCAGCAAGCUACAUAUCGGUCCUACUUGCCAUUCAAGACUAAUGAAUAUAUCUUAUACUCAAAGAGCAUGUUUUUUCAAUAAUUCUUCA